AUGAUUUGCAAAUUUCAUCGUCAUAAAACAGCGGAGCGGUCCCUUGCCGCGAGAGAGCAGUGUAGAAGGGGUCUGCCGAAAAUCGACAUCUCCAUCCUGAAGCGAGCCUGGGAGUCCAGACAGCGGCGGAUGAAAGUCAGCAAGACCCUGGCAGAGAUCAUGUCGUACUUGGUGUACGUCCUCUUCAUUCUGUGCGCGGCCAACGUGGGGUUCUCUAGCGGAGGAUACCACUUCCACAAGUCGGUCAGCACGACGUUCGACAACAAGUUAUUCAAGGUUGGCAACAGGUCGGCUGUCCAGCAGUGGUUGGAGAGAACCGUCAUUCCGGGAUUGUUCGAAGAAAAUGGGCGAGUGCGCAGGAGCACCACGGCCGGCGGAAACACACCGACCGUUGACGCCCAUCUGUUCAGACUCACAGUGCCUCACUUGAGGCAACAAAGGAUGUCAAGCAACGGUGUAGAUCACAUGGCUAACUGGCAACCUUCUAGCAACUCCACAGCUCUGUCCAGUUUCCACGUUCCGUCAGCGUGGAACGUCUCCAAAGAUCACGGGAAAAACUUCCUACCAUACGUGGGCAAAAUUGGCGUAUUUGACGACAGCGGCUACAUCGCCCAACUUGGAAACACGAGGGAGCAUGCAAUGGGUGUACUCUCCUACCUAUUCAACAACGACUGGACCGACUCUCACACUCGGGCAGUCUUUGUUGAAUUUGCCUUGUUGAGCCACAACGUGAAACUCAUCUGUGUAGUAACGUACUUGAUGGAAUACACCCCAACCGGAGGCGUGUUCCCUUCAAAAUGGAUUUCUGUUUUUCAACUUCACGACUAUGUCGGAGCUCAAGGCGUCCUGGUGGCAGUGUUCCAGCUUUGUUUCGCGGUUAUAGUACUGUUACAGACGGUCAGGGAGAUGAAAAGUGCGUGCCGGCUUCGAUGUGAAUAUUUCCUGCAGUUCUGGAACGUGGUGGAGGUGUUUAACCUGACGCUCUCGUGGAUGGCGAUCGCUGUAGGUGUGACAAAGGUGGUCAUUGCGGAGAGCACGUCAUUCGAGGCAGAAGAACGGCACUCUGACUCGGUCCACGAGACGCUUGUCCAGCUAGCCAACAUCUCGGCUCUCUUCACCUGGGUGACUGCUGCCGUUGCCUUCAUCAACGUCGUCAAGCUCAUCAAGCUGCUGCGCUUCAACGCCAUCAUAGCAUCCUUCUCCAGCUGCCUGCGCAUCAUGUCCAAGGACCUUCUCAUGUUCCUGGUGAUAUACCUCAUCGCUUUCCUGGCUUUCGUCCAGUUUGGAUGGCUGGCUUUUGGGACGGAGCAUGCUAACUUCAAGUCCUUCGCUGAUGCGACUGAGAGUUCCUUUGUCAUGUCGUUGGGCAACAUCAAUUCUGUGGUGUCUCUUCUGCGUAACAACAGCAUGGCCCCCGUGUACCUACUGCUCUUCGUGGUGACCAUGAUGUUCAUUUUGCUGAACUUGCUCAUCUCUGUCAUCAACGAGGCCCUGGCGACCAUGAGGGAGGUGAAGCUGUCACGUGAGCAGGCCGAGAUUGCGCAGGGGAUGUGGGAGAUGGCGUGGAGGAUCACGGGACGUCGUCGGGAUGUCAAAGGUCAAAAUCUGCUGAUAUUUGAAGGAAAGGCCCCAGCAGUAGAACUGAAUGACAUCGUGACAGACAUUGAAAUGAAGGUUGAAGAACUCUACAGUGAAUGGAAGACAAUGAACGAGUUUCUUGGGGAUAGUACGCCUGAUAAAGAGAAUGUCCACGGUUAA